GACAUUGACAUUUGUCAUUCGCUGUAUUUUUUGAAAGCCUGAUCAGUGUGACUUCAUUUUACAACGUGUUUUAAAGCGAAAAAACGUAUUAACUAUUUUAUAACAGAAUCUACUAACUUCUGAAUAUACUAGAAAACUUGGUUAUAUCUACCAAACCAUAUAAACACAUGCUAGAAGCGGAUAAGUUUUAACUUAUACUAUUCGGACUUUAUGAAAGAGAUAAUGCGCGGCCAUCAAGAAGACACACCACCUUCGUCGGUUAAUGGCGAUGAAAUUACCGGCAUGGACGAAGAAGGUAUAAUUUAUUACGACGACGGGGAUGAGAUACAAUUAGACGAAGAUGAAUACAUGGAAGAAGUGACGGAAGACUUUUUUGAAGAGGAUGAAGCCGAUAUGGAACCUCCUGAGGAUCAUGCGGCCCUAGUAUUCAGCAAGCAUGUUGGCUCAGUGUUCAGUUGUGAUCUGCAUCCUAAUGGCAAGCUAGCAGUAACUGGUGGAGAAGACGACAAAGCCUACGUUUGGUCAGUUGAAACUGGAGAAGUAGUCAUGGACUGUGUGGGGCAUAAGGACUCAGUCAUUUUUGUGGGCUUUAGUUUUGAUGGAGCAUACUUAGCCACAGCUGACAUGUGUGGGCUUAUCAAAGUAUGGAAAUGUAAUACUGAGAAUCAAGAUCCUUGGCCAGUCGCCUUUGAGUAUGAGGCAGAUGACCUCACUUGGGGUCUCUGGCACUUUGGAGCAAGAGUACUUAUGUUUGGAUCAGUGUCAGGAGAUAUUUAUGUAUUUAAAGUACCUUCAGGAGAUACUAAAAUAUUGCAAGGACAUAAUGUGAAAUCAGAGUGUGGCAAGUUGUUUCGUGAUGGUGUCCGUCUGUCAGCGGGCUAUGAAGAUGGUGCAGUUAAAAUUUGGGACUUAAAAACGUCAGCCAUUUUGCAACAAGUGCCUGCAAGUGUUCACCAGAUACGAGUUACAGCUGUAGACAAUCACCCUGAAAACAAUCUUAUUGCCUCCAUUUCUACUGAUGGUAAAGUGGUAUUAACAACACCAAACAAUGGCAAAGUAGUUGGACAAUUAGAAACAGAAAAUGACUUGGAAACAGUUGCAUUUGCUGAUGAUGCACAGUUAGGAUUACUUGCUACAGGUACAUUAACAGGAGCAGUGUGCAUAUGGGAUGUUGCAAGACAAAUGAUUAGACAUCAAUGUGCCAAAUCAGACGACGCAGUAGGCGGCGUCACUAAAAUGAUUUGGGUGAAGACUGAACUCGUAACAGGCUGCCUCGACGGCUCCAUCCGCGUUUACGAAGGCAGAAACGGCGAGAGAAGUCAAAUGCUCACCGGCCACCGAUCAGAAAUUCUAGAUCUAUGCUAUAACGAAAAAGAAAACUUAUUCCUCACCACAUCAGACGAUGGCACCGCUAGGAUAUUUAAAUAUGAAGUAAACAAAGACAAAGAUUAAUAAUCUUUAAUUUAAUUAGAAUAUUACUUUUUGUAAUAUUUUUUUAUGUCUACAAUAUACGAGAAACUCGCUUAAUUGUGAAGCUAUUCUAUUAUGUAUUUACUUCGUUAAUCGUAAUUACUUAUGUAUUGAUAUUAACAUGAUUAUAUCAUGGUAUAGCGUAACGAAAAUUUGUAAAUACUGUUAUUUGGGAAUAAAAUUUUUAUUCUGUAUAUUUUA